UCCCCUCGCUAGCUUAACACACAGCAGUUGUGAUGUUAGCCUGUUUUCUUGGACACUCCUAGCUUCUUAUCCCACUGCCCUGGUAAUUGCUUCGAGCCCCCCCUCAGGAAACCAUGGCCGAGCAGGCCUCGGGAUCCCCUCUGUCGUCCCAACAUGACGAGGUGCUCCAGCAGCGAGUGGCAGCUCUGGAGCAGGAGAGGGCAGAGUUCAUUAAACUCAAGCAGCAGCUGGAGGCCGAGUUCAACCAGAAACGAGCCAAGUUCAAAGAGCUCUACCUGACGAGGGAAGAGGAGUUGAAGAGGCAGACCAUGGCUCUGGAGGGCGCCCAGUCUGAGCUGAGCUCUGUCCAGACUGAGCUGGCUCAGGCCCGGUCCGAGAUAGAGACCAUCAAAGCGGUGGCCACCGUGUCGGAAAACACCAAGCAGGAAGCCAUCGACCAGGUCCGCAGCCAGUGGCAGGAGGAGGUGGCCUCGCUGCAGGCCAUCAUGAAAGAAACAGUGUGCGAGUAUGAGGCUCAGUUUCGCCAGCGCCUGGAGCAGGAGCGAGUCCAGUGGAACCAGUACCGCGAGGCAAUGGAGAGGGAAGUCGGUGACCUGAGACGCCGCCUCACUGAGGGCCAGGAGGAGGAAAACCUGGAGGACGAAAUGAAAAAAGCCCAGGAGGAUGCAGAGAAGCUGCGCUCAGUGGUGAUGCCCAUGGAGCAGGAGAUCACAGCCCUGAAAGCCAAACUGACUACAGCUGAGGACCGGGUGAAGGAACUGGAGGCGUCUAAGGUCAAAGAGCUCAAUCAUGUUCUUGAGGCGGAGAAGUCGUGUCGUACAGACCUGGAGAUGUAUGUGGCCGUGUUGAACACCCAGAAAUCUGUCCUGCAGGAAGAUGCAGAAAAACUACGGAAAGAGCUCCAUGAUGUCUGUCACAAGCUCGAGUUGGAGCGGCAGCAGCACAAUCAGCUGAAACACACGUGGCAGAGAGCCAACGACCAGUUCCUGGAGUCUCAGCGUCUCCUCAUGAGGGACAUGCAGAGGAUAGAGAGUGUGCUGUCAUCUGAACAGCUCCGCCAGGUGGAGGAGAUGAAGAAGAAAGACCAGGAGGAGGAUGAAAAAGAGAGGCUGAGCCAAGUGAAAGAGCUGCACGAGGACGAUGGGGGAGACAACACCGAGCCUUUGGAGGAUUUAUUCCUCGGGCUGAGCGUUGAGGAGCCACACGCCAACCACAGCGCCCAUGGCUCAAUGCACUCCUUAGACACUGACGUGGGGGCCGGGGGCCCCAUGGACCCCUACAAAGACAACCUGCGAAGAGUUCAGUCGACAGACAGCCUGGGCUCCUCGCUGUCCGUCCAGCAGGGCCUCGGCGGCCAAAACCACAAGGCCAAGUCGGCCAGCCACCUGGACGAGUCGGACUUUGGGCCCUUGGUGGGGGCCGACUGCGGCGGGACUGACAGUAGUUUUGGUGAAACUUCGUCCAUCAGCUCGAUCAAGCUGACGGCGAGCCACUUCCUGCUGACUAAAGACCAGGAGAAGGCCAUCAAAGCCAUGACGCCUGAACAGGAAGAGACGGCGUCGCUGCUCUCCAGCAUCUCCCACGCCCCUGACACCGCCUUCUUACCGCCUGCUGGCUACCGACUGGUCAGCGACAGCGAGUGGAACCUGCUGCAGCAAGAGGUGAAAAACGCUGGCAGGAAGCUCGGCCGACGUUGCGAUAUGUGCUCCAACUACGAGAAGCAGCUGCAGGCCAUCCAAGGACAAGAGGCCGAGACACGAGAUCAGGUGAAGAAACUGCAGGUGAUGCUUCGUCAGGCCAAUGAUCAGCUGGAGAGGACGAUGACUGAGAAACAGAAUUUGGAAGAUUCAGUCAAAUUAGGCAACGAGGAAACUGCUGCUAAGGUGUCUGCUCUCAUGCAGAGAGUCCAGGAGUCAGAAACGCUGCUCAGCACACUACAACAAGCCUUCGGUGACGCUAAGAGGAACACACAGGAACAGAUGGCGGUGCUCGUGAAGUCGAGGGAGCAGGUGGCAGACGAACUAAGCCGACUACAGAGAGACAACGAGAGCCUGCAGGGAAAACACAGGCUGCACGUAGAACUACAGCAACAAGAGGACUUCCACAUGCCCAAUACUGUGCAAGAGCUCCAAGGCCUGGUGGUGCGGUUGCGUGAGGACAUGGUGGCGUUACGGACUUCUGCUGAUCACAUGGAGGAGAAGCUGAAAGCUGAGAUUCUGUUUCUGAAGGAGCAGAUCCAGGCUGAGCAGUGUCUCAAGGAAAACCUGGAGGACACUCUGCAGCUGGAGAUCGAGGGCUGUAAGGAGGAGAUAGCUUCCUUCUCCAGUUUGAAGACGGAGCUGGAGCGAAUAAAAGCCGAGAAGGAAAAGUUGGAGAGAAGUCUCGCAGAGAAGACUGAGACACUGGAGAGCAUCCAGGGCCUGAGGAUCAGCCUGGAGCAGCAGCUCAAAGAGCUCACCACUGCAAAGAGUGCACUAGAGACUCAGGUCCUCGACGAGAGAGGCAAAGCUCAGCGGCUGCAGACGGAGCUGGACGUCAGUGAACAGGUUCAGAAGGACUUUGUCAAACUUUCUCAGACUCUUCAGGUACAGUUGGAGCGAAUACGACAGGCGGACUCCUUGGAUCGAAUCAAAGUGAUCCUCAACGACACCAACUUGACUGACAUCAACCAGCUUCCAGAGACAUGAUACCACUGAAUGAAAACUGCCUUCAGUUUCAUUCCCCUCUUUCUCUAUCACUGGCCCAAUAACAUUAUUGAUCUGACCCGACCCUUCCUCCUCCCCAUAACCACCGUGGAAGAGUUUGGAAGGACAAGGACGGACGUGGCAUGAGGAGGUCAUGUCCCUUUGUGUACAUUAUAAGUCAUGGAACACACCGCGGAUAGAGUAAUGAAGAAGAACACUACUAAAAAAAAAAAAAAAAAAUGUAAAUAACUAAAUGUCUGACUGUGGACGGAGGGAGUGGAAGUCCAUCUUUGUGUGGGUCUGUCUGUGUCUUGUUUCUACUGUAGAUAUGACUGUCUGUAUUAGCUCAACCAAAAAGGUUUGUCGUCUUCUAAAGCACUUUUCAUCUGCAACUUCUCUCUCCAGGUAAAUAGAAAACAAAUGGAUGCAUAACCUUUCUCCUUCGGUUCUCAAAGCGGUUGAUAAUCGCUUCCUUGUUCCACUGGCUUGUUCUUUCCCUGUGUUUGUUUGUUUUUGUUUUGUUUUGUUUUUCCCUCCCAUUUCUGGCUAUUUUUCUGUGGCGUUUUCCACCAUGUUUUGGUCAUUUCACCCUGUGCAACCUAUGAUAAAGACACAAUGAAGGAACUACAAUACUUGCACAUAACUUAACUGGGAUAAAAAAAAAAAAAAAAAACAUAACACACAACGAGCAAUACCCUCCAUUUCUUAAACAUCCUCUACUCUUGCUUUGGUUUUUGCUCUUAACUUCUGACAGAAAUCUUUUUUUUUUUUUUUUUUUUUAAAGCUGCGAAAAUACAGUGAAGAAACAUUAGUCAUGUUCAAAGUUAUGGGUUUUAUUUUUUAACUUCCCACUUGUUUUUUGAUUGUCAGGAAAACACUAGUUCAGAAAGGAAAGAAAUAGUUGGAUGAGGAGAACAGAAGGAUGGGUUGUCAACAUUAAAAUGUAAAUGGAAAAUAACAGAUUUUAAUACAGACUUUGCUCCUUUUAUUGAUUGCCUUUUUGAAUUGACUUUCUUAAUGAAAUUCUAAAGCUCUUAAAUGACAGUGGGCGGCUUUUAAACUAUAAUGGAAGAGCACACCAUCACAACGCUGGCACAAGGUGUUUCUGUCCCAUCGUUCCCAGUGAGAUCAGAGGUCAGGUUCAGGUUUGAGCCGAGCUCGAGGACGCCUCAGGGUGGUGGGAGGUUUGGAAAACCUAGCCUCUUAACUAACAAGCCACCGUGCCACUCUCCGACAGGUGAAGAGUGGAGUCUUUGAAAAAGAAAUUUUACCUGCCUGAGUAGGAAGUCACGACUCAAGGAAAACUGACUUUUCAUAUCUCUGUGAGUCAUAAAGCGGUUCAUUCAUCACUACAAAAAUGUUCUGCUGCGAAGCUUCUGGUGGAUUUUUUAGAAAUAACCUGAAAGCGUCAGGGUCAGUGAAUUAUGGACGCACCCCCUGAAAAACGCAAUCCAACAUUCACACACACUCCACGCAGUGAUUUGGCGCAAGGUUUGAACUUUUCUUUUCUUUUUCACGUCAUACAAACGAGCAUAAUCCAAUCCUAAGUGUCGACCAAUCAAAGUUUUGGACAGUAAAAAUGCCACAAAGGUCUUGGUACGUGUCAUCUAACCACGUCUAAAGGCGCAAGCGUUCAUCUACCUUUUCACGAACUCUCUCGUCUUUUGGGUGUCUCUGUCGUCUCAACAUGAUAAAUUGUACCAGAGGGAGAAAAGAGAAGUUCAAACCUUGCCUACUAUCACAGCUUUCACUGUAAAGGAAAGUUUCGCAAAGUUACAAAAAUCGUUGGAUGCAGCAGAGGACGCAGAUGAAAAGGGAGUUUCAGACUCUGUUAGAUGAUCUGACAAGGGCUUUGUUCGAAGCUUUGACUGAUACUAAAAUAUUGGAUCUGAAGCCCAGGGUGGCUGGGAGAGGCAGGAAGACACAGCAGCAACACUGGGACUUUUGGUGCAUCAGUGUUUUGAGGUGUAAAACAGGGCUGCCCAUUCCCCUGGAGACCUUUUUUUUUGUUUUUUGAAUGGAAAAAAUAAAUGCAAGAAUAUUCAUAGGAAGUUGAUUCUUGAUCAGUUUGAGUAUGUGGCUUCAUGUACUGUGUCAGGUUUUUAUUACAUAUUUGACCAAUUGAGGCAACCACAACUCGAGAGGUAGUUCACUAUCAGCUUCAGGCUGCCACUGUAGAUCCUAGAAAUUAAUUAGUUUGAUAAAAAUGAGCCCAGAGAAUUAUGAUUUUGAGUAUUUAUACGUAGAAAAACACAAACUACUGAGUGAAAAAUUAGCCAGAAAUGUUAAGCAAUAGCACCAGAGAGAUUGCACCAACUGUUGUGAAACCUUCUACUUUGCUUUGUAAUGUACAGAUAGAGAAAAUGUUUGAUUUUUGAGAACCCCAAUUAGUAGUUUCAGUGUUUUCAAACUAAGUAUGUGAACCAUCUCCCAGGCACUGGCAGCCACAGUGUGCUCUGAAUAAAGAUUGUGACUCACAGUUCUGCGCUCAUUUGAAACAGUUGGACACACCAGGCUGCAAACAUGGUUUCAUGGAAAAUAUGAGGCUGAAUGAAUUUUCUCCUGUUGUAAAAAAAAAAAAAAAAAAAAGAAAAAAAAAAUCCUCAAGGGGAGGGAGGGAUUGUCUUUGCAUUGCGAUUCAAACAAUAUACAAUAUAUAUAUAUAUAUUUACUGUACAUGCAUACAGCAGCAUUGUAUGGUUUAAGGACAUGUUGAUCACUGUUUGUUUGUUUUUUUUUGACUUGCAUGUAUUACAUUUCCUUAUGUUGCAUAUGUCUAUACUGUAGAUAUCUUGAGUUGAUAUUUAUGAUAGAUUCAUGCAAUGUGUUAUGAGAUAGUGUGGAUGUGUGGGCAAGCCAGCCUGAGUUGCACUGACAGAGAACUGUAUGUCUUUUGGCUUGUAUGAUUGCGGGCUGACGGGUUGUGUUCGGCCACAUACUGAGAACUGGUGAACUCAAAGUAGAAAUUCCACAGUGUGAAUCCCGGACGCUAUUUUCUCGGAAGGCCUUAUUGCAUUGGCUUGGUGUGUUUUUAAUUUUGUGACAUUUAAUUUAACGUCCCCUCCGUCACAGUAACAAAUUUUACUUGCCGCCCAUUUGGCAUUAACGUGAGGGUUCCUCUCUGAAGAUUCUCCCCAGUCACCGCAGACAUUCACUCAUUCACUGUGGUCAUGGUCAAGAGUUGAAUUUUAUUGAAUAAUUUCUGAUCUAACAUCACUGGAUUGUUUGCAAAAAUGUAUGGUGAUACCCUAAAAAUGAUUGGAGCACAUGUUAAAACGAGAUGAAUGAAGAGUGUGCUCUGAAAGCUCUCACUGUGUACUACUUACUACUUGGUUUUUAGUAUAAUUACAAAUUCACUGCAAAUAAAGCACAUUCGAAGCCCAAAUCUGUUUGUGCAAUCUAAAUAUAAGGUGUAACUAUUUGUUUUUGAAGAGGAUGACCUGUGGAAAUUUUUGUAAAUUUUGUAACCCAUGUUUACUGAAAACACAACUGUAGUCUUUUUAGCAUCUAUCCAUGAAAUUACACAACCUACAAAAAUGUAAUAAGCUGUAAUAUACCGUAAGUUCUUGCAUCAUGCGCAUUGACAAUAAAUUACUUUAAAAGUUGUUUUCCGAUAAAUCAAUAUUAAAAAUUCAACUGAAAAGUGAGAUGAAAUGUGGAAAAAAAAAAAAAGUUUUUACACUUAAUUAUUAAUGAACAUUUUUGUUGCCACUUAACAACUGACUCACGAUUGCACAGUUUGAGCUUUCAGAGGCAGCUUUUAUUGUUUCAUCUCACUGUCAAGAGCCAAAGCAUUGUUCCGAUAUGUUUUUCAUUUGAUCUACACGAGGAUUAGACUGAGAUUUUCUUUUGAUAUUUAGCAAAAAUUGCAACAUUCAGUUUAAAUUCCACAAUCCAGUUAGUUGGAGUUUCUUGAAUAUACUGAUAUUUAAGCGUUAUAGUAAAACAGCUAGAGGAGUUGCAAUCAGACGAUCAGUGUUCGACCUGAAAUAAUUUAAUAAUUUCUGGGUUCCAAUUAUAUAAUCUAGUUUUGAUUACCAGUACUUUCAAGGGCUUUUAUGCCAUAAUGAAGGUUCAGUGCUGAGUAUUGUGUGUUAGCGCUCCAGAAAUGUCAGCAUCAACACUCAGAAACUCGUAUCAGUCGAAUCCUAGUAAUGUGUACACCUGAAAUCCCACCUGUCACAUUUUAAACUGUCCAAGAAGAAAAAGGAACUGUAAUUUUACUCAUACAUGGAAGAGAGGCAUGAGCAGCACGCAGAAUGAUGAAUACCAUGAAAUUUAAACAAUAUUUGCUAUAAAGUACUGCCCACUGA